AUGGCGGGUUCUGGUGAAGAGGAGGAGCCGGUUGAUGGAGUAAACCUUGAAGGGCUAUGGCAGAAGUUGGCUGACGAUCCGGUCAUACGCAAACUUUUCGUGAAGAGCAAGACGCUCUUUUCCUGGCCAACCCCGGGGCAGACUGGUGUCAUUAACUAUGAGACCUUGCGUCCCAACUCGCGCCUCUUGUCGAUUCUCAUCGAAAACUGGUGUCCGAAGAUGCAAAAAGCGAAGACCGUUUAUCAGCCUCAUGCUCGAGCAGAGGACCCAGUGAUUCGCUCUCUCUUUGAGCAGAUGGCCAAGUACUGGGUGCCAAAGCCCACUAAGACAAAGAAGGCCGAAGAGGGCCAAGAGGCAAGUGCUUCGGAUGAAUCCGCUGCAGACUCUCCAGAGUCAUGCUCACAAGUGCUUUCGGGUGAGGAUGCUCUUGAUGAUGAAACACUGAAGGUUGCCCUUAAUCUAGGAUUUCAAGUAGCAGUCCCCAAAGGCCCAUCAGAAGCCUCCUUGCACACUGGCAUCACCGAAGAUUUUGCUGGCAAGCUGAAUGUAAGCGAGCCAGUCUCGGCAAGUACAGAGCCCAAGCCUCCCAUGGCUUCGCCUUCAGAUAUCGUUGAGAUCUCCGAUUCCCCAGUGCAUAGCCCCGCAGCCAAGCGUUGGAAGACGAGUGGCAAUGAACGCCACACACGCAUUGCUGCGAUAUUGAAGCAAGAAUUGGAGCGAAGGCAGCGUGCGGUGGCUCGGCCAUUGCUGGCCCGUUCGAGUCCUGCUCGGGAGGUUGUGCAGGCAGAGAAUCAGGACACGCAGCUGGCAGAUCUUUCUCCGAUUGCCAGGAAGUUGAAGGAGUCGUUUGAUGCGGCUGACCAUGCUCCUCCAAUGGUUGGUGGUUCCGAUGGGUCACACAGCCCAGACAGCGCACGUGCGGGCAGUAGUGUCUCCAACCUCGAGGAUGCCGAGCCUGAUGUUUUUCAUAAUGUGUGCAACCUCACUCGGGAGGAGCAGAUGAGGCUACGAGAUGAUCUAAAAGUGGCUGCUCAGGAAGCUGCUGCUGAAGCUCCUGCUGCACAUGAUGAGCUCGACGAGUUGAACCAGGGCAAGAAAGCCACAGCCAAGGCUAAGGCCAAGGGCAAGGACACCAAUGCUGGUGAGGCUGAAGGUGAGCAGGCCAACGUUGGAGAUGAAUCCGUAAGACCAGUGUCUGUGGAUGAGCCAACGGAGGAGCCAGAGGCCGUAGAGCCGGCCGAGGUGGCGGAGGAACCGCUGGCGGUGGUGCCAGGGAAGAAACGUGGCCGAAAGCCAAAGGGUGGUGACAACAGCAACACAGACGAGGAGAACGCUGGUGCCAAGAAGAUUAAGGCAACGUUCGCAGGCAGAAACAAGCCUGACAAGGAUGCCUGGGCCAGAGCCAAGUGGUUGGCCAUUCGGGAUUCUUUCGGCCUUUAUGUCAGCCCCAAAGUCUUCUUCAGUGCCAGCUGUGAGGGUCCGUACUGGUCGCAUGUCAUGGAGCAGCUGAAGGGCAAGAAGGCCUCAGAUGUCAACCUGCCCAAGUUGUGCAAGACGUGUGCCAACUCCUUUCUGGCCCUGGAAAGCACCCAGUUAUUUGCGGGCCUGAGCGUGUGGCAAGGAGCGCUUGCGUGGCAUGUGAUAUAG